AUGACAAAAUUACACCCCUUAAGUUACUUCAAGGGAAAUAAAAUUUUGUUCCGAACCCCUAAGCGAUACUACAAUUAUGAAACAACAAAAAGGGUGAUGACUCCACAAAGUCUUUGCCAUCAUUUUAGAAAACGCAAAUGUGCAGAAACAAUAUAUCGAUUUUUUUAUGAGAAUUUCUCAACCCUAGAAAGAAAUAAUAACCCGGCUGAGGACGAAAAUGAACAGCAGGAGGGUAACUGGCAUAAGCGCGAUUCUUUGAAGACAAGUAGAAAGGGGCAGGUGGGGGUAAACGAAGCAAAGAAGAUGGACGAAGCAGAGAACACGGACGAAGCAGAGAACACGGACGAAGCAAUAAAUGCAACUAUGGAGGAAAGUCACAACGAGCUAGAUUCGACAGAUAAUUUAUUCCAAGAAUUUGGAUACAAAUAUGAAAAGCACGAACCAACCAUGUUUGGUGAUUGGGCCCAUAAUUGCAGAGUCACAGAUUUUUAG